AUGAAACCGAACCUGAAGCAAUGGAAACAACUCAUGCUCUUUGGGAUAUUCGCUUGGGGGCUCCUCUUUUUGGUGAUUUUCAUCUACUUCACCGACAGUAACCCUGCUGAGCCCGUGCCGAGUUCCUUCUCGUUCCUGGAGACCCAAAGACUGCUGCCCAUCCAAGGAAAGCAGAGAGCCAUCAUGGGCGCCAUGCACGAGCCUUCUUUUGCAGAAGGCGCAGAUGGCAACAAGGUGCUGCUGGACCAAGACCUCUCAGAGCCCUUGAACUUGGAGCUUAGCGACCUGCAGAGAUGGGCCCGCUUGAAAGAUGACUUUGAAAACGAAGAGGAGUUGUUCUCAUCCCAGAUCUGGCGAAAAUCCCAAAGUGCUUUCUACCAGGGGGAUGACGUCUACUUUUUUGCUGCUGGUCAGCCAGUGCCCCACAGCCACACCCAGGAGGUGCCACCAUUCGUGUCCCGUGGGCAGCAAGACCAGAGAGAAGGGACUUUGCCCGUGCAUCACGGGCAGAGGAAGCGGACGAAGAAAAAGCACCUUAAGCAGAAACGAAGCCACAUGUUCGAAGAGGGCAACGACUGGGACAGACUCUACUCCACCAUGUCCAAGGCCUUUCUCUACCGGCUUUGGAAGGGGAACGUCUCCUCCAAGAUGCUCAACCCGCGCCUCCAAAAGGCCAUGCGAGAUUACCUUAACACCAACAAGCAUGGCGUGCGCUUCCGCGGCAAGCGGGAGGGGAGGCUGAGCCGCGAGCAGCUGCUGUGUGAGCUGCGCAGCCGCGUGCACGUGCGCACACUGGACGGCAAGGAGGCACCCUUCUCCGCGCUGGGCUGGGAGCGGCAUGUACCCAAGGUGCCACUGAGCCAGCUGCACCCGCGCGGCCUCGGGAGCUGUGCCGUCGUCAUGUCCGCGGGCGCGAUCCUCAACUCCUCCCUGGGCAUGGAAAUAGAUUCUCAUGAUGCAGUGUUGAGGUUUAACUCUGCUCCUACACGUGGUUAUGAGAAAGAUGUUGGAAAUAAAACCACCAUGCGCAUCAUUAAUUCCCAGAUUCUAACCAACCCCAGCCAUCACUUCAUUGACAGUUCAUUGUAUAAAGAUGUCAUCUUGGUGGCGUGGGACCCUGCUCCGUAUUCAGCCAAUCUCAACCUCUGGUAUAAGAAGCCAGACUACAACCUUUUCACUCCGUAUAUUCAGCAUCGUCAAAGAAACCCAAGUCAGCCCUUUUACAUUCUCCAUCCUAAAUUCAUAUGGCAGCUCUGGGACAUUAUCCAAGAGAACACCAAGGAGAAGAUUCAGCCCAACCCUCCAUCAUCUGGUUUCAUCGGAAUCCUCAUCAUGAUGUCCAUGUGCAGAGAAGUGCACGUGUACGAAUACAUCCCCUCUGUCCGGCAGACAGAACUUUGUCACUACCACGAGCUGUACUAUGACGCAGCCUGCACGCUUGGGGCGUACCACCCACUGCUCUAUGAGAAGCUCCUGGUGCAGCGCAUGAACACGGGGGUCCAGGAGGAUCUGCAUCGGAAGGGGAAGGUGACCCUGCCUGGGCUCUGGGCUGUAAGCUGUCCUGCACCCAAUCCCGUGCCGCACGCUUAA